AAGAAGAAAACUUCCAGGCGUUUGUUCUGGAUUGGUACUGCGCAUGCGCAAUGACAGGAGUCCUUGGCAGGUCGGCCUGCUGUAGGUUACAGAUCCGGUGAGGGGACACAGACACAAUGCAGAGCUGGACGCAGUUAUACCGGUCUCUGGCCACGCGGAGCCACAACCUUCCCUGCAAACUGCACGGCGCUUCAGCGCUGUCCGUCAGAACCUACGCUGACAAAGCAGCAAUUGAUGCAGACGUCACGGUGGUCGGCUCCGGUCCGGGCGGAUACGUCGCUGCCAUCAAAGCCGCACAACUCGGCUUCAAGACGGUGUGUGUUGAGAAGAAUGCCACUCUGGGUGGAACCUGUCUGAACGUCGGCUGCAUCCCCUCAAAGGCUCUGCUGAACAACUCCUACUUCUACCACAUGGCUCACAGCAAGGACUUGGAAAGCAGAGGCAUCGAAAUUUCAGGCCUCUCGUUGAACCUGGAGAAGAUGAUGUCUCAGAAGAGCGGAGCGGUGAAAGCGCUGACCGGAGGAAUCGCACAUCUAUUCAAACAGAACAAAGUGACCCAUGUCAACGGUUAUGGGAGGGUGACGGGUAAGAACCAGGUGACGGCCGUCGCAGCGGACGGCAGCGAGCAGGUCAUCAACACCAAGAACAUCCUCAUCGCCACCGGCUCUGAGGUCACGCCCUUCCCCGGCAUCCAGAUCGACGAGGACACCGUCGUGUCGUCCACAGGAGCUCUGUCCCUGAGCAAAGUCCCAGAGGAGAUGAUCGUGAUCGGAGCCGGAGUCAUCGGGGUGGAGCUGGGGUCAGUGUGGCAGCGUCUGGGCUCUAAAGUCACAGCAGUGGAGUUCCUGGGACAUGUGGGCGGCAUGGGCAUCGACAUGGAGAUGUCCAAGAACUUCCAGCGCAUCCUGCAGAAGCAGGGACUCAAGUUCAAGCUCAGCACCAAAGUCAUGGGAGCCACCAGGAGGCCCGACGGCAAGAUCGAUGUGGCAGUGGAGGCGGCGGCCGGAGGGAAGAACGAGACUCUGACUUGCGACGUGCUGCUGGUCUGUGUCGGCCGGCGGCCUUUCACCCAGAACCUGGGUCUGGAUUCUGUGGACAUCGAGGUGGACAACAGGGGGCGCAUCCCCGUCAACAACCGCUUCCAGACCAAAAUCCCCAGUAUUUAUGCCAUCGGUGACGUGAUCGCUGGGCCGAUGUUGGCCCACAAGGCCGAGGACGAGGGCAUCAUCUGCGUGGAGGGCAUCGCCGGCGGCGCCGUGCACAUCGACUACAACUGUGUUCCCUCCGUCAUCUACACACACCCCGAGGUGGCCUGGGUGGGCAAGACAGAGGAGCAGCUCAAAGAGGAGGGCGUCCCGUACAAAGUAGGCAAGUUCCCCUUCGCAGCCAACAGCCGAGCCAAGACCAACAACGACAGCGAGGGCUUGGUGAAGAUCCUGAGCCACAAGGACACAGACAGGAUGCUGGGAGCGCACAUCGUGGGAACUGGAGCAGGAGAGAUCAUCAACGAAGCUGCUUUGGCCAUGGAGUACGGUGCUUCCUGUGAGGACAUCGCCAGAGUCUGCCACGCCCAUCCUACGGUGUCGGAGGCCUUCAGAGAAGCAAACCUUGCCGCCACCUUCGGCAAAGCCAUCAACUUCUGAUCGCCGGGCCGCUGUCGCACCUUCAGUGUACAUAACGAAGAAACAGGAAGUGUGUGUCUGCCUCAAAACCUUCCCCCGACCCACCGGGACCCUCCGCGUACAUCCAAGCUGUACCACAUGUAGUUCUAAUGUUUAUUUAAAUGUUCUCCAUAAAUCAAUAAAGGAGGCGUUCAGGCGGUAAACACUGCACAUCAGUCUUCUUCCAGACGCACAGAUUAAAGUUAAUUUGCAUUACAUAGAGAUAUAAAUAUUAUUUUGGGUGGCUGCGCUUUCUCUUGUAAAGGAAGGGAGUGUUUCUGUUUCUUACAGGAUUUAACUCGUAUGACGUGUAAUCAGAGCAGGAAACUUACGUUUUAAAGAUUAAAUUUACUAUUAAAGUUGCGUUUUGUGGAUCAAAACUUUGAAGCGAGUUGAGCUUCAAUCACAGCAAAGUUGGCGACUAAAUUUAGUAAUUCAUACUUUUUUAUUCCAUCAUUUGUUCCCUCGAUUCAAUAUUCUUUCAAUAACCUAUAUUUAACAAACGAUGCACAAAUCAUUAUUUAUACUUUGAUUUUUUAAAGUCUACUUACCGCCUUUUUUCCAUAAAAUCAAAGUAUAAACUGUAGAGCGCGCGGUGACAUCACCUGUGACAUCACCUGUGACAUCACCUGUGACAUCACCUGUGACAUCACCUGUGACAUCACCUGAGGCUGCAAGUUAAAGUGAAAUAUGACGACUACAACGUUCCUGAUUGAUCAAAUCUUCUGCACAAGACAACAUUAAUUUUAACGUGCUGGUCUGGGGAUUUAUGACUUCUGAUUUAUUUAUUAACAAACUGCAUUUGGCCUUUGACAACCGAAAGGUUCCCUGUGGAGUUCUGAUCUACGGACGGCCGCAGCUCUGAAUGUGAACAUAAGUGUUAUUGUUUCGUGCACUUUAACUGCUGCUGUUCCCCCUUUAAAGGUCGACUGUUUCCUGCUCUGGUUGCUUCACUGUGAUUGGCUCUGUCCUGCUUCUGCUUAUUUAAACCAAUAAAAAAGCAGUUGAAUAAGA